AACAACAUUAUGAACCCCUAGUCCAAGCGGUGGAAGAACUCUGGCUUUAUAGGUUUCUGGGAUAUUACUAUAGCACAGAUCAAUGGUUUUGUUAAAUCUUGUUGGCACAUCUACAUACUCUUUGAAGACUGGCAGUACGUAGUCAAGCCGACAGCUGUUGAAAUCACCAAGAAGUAAUCCUGGAGCGUCCGGAUACUUGCUGAGCCUUAAUGUUGGCGCUUGGUGGGACAUACAUUACACACAACUAAGCACAACUGUGGAGAUCUCCCUCGAGAUAAAAGACACGGGCGGACAGGGUGAGCAGCUCCGAGUCAGGAUUACAAAUCAUCUCAUGCUACAUACACACCCCUCACUUUCCCCGAGUUACUAGUUCUGUCUGCCCGAAAGAUCUCAAAGCCAUCCAGGGCAACCUCCGUGUCCGAGACAGACUCGUCCAACCAGGGGGGUAUUCCAGAAAGCAGGUUAUGUGACAUACCCGGGUAUGUUCAGGAUAUCUUCACGGCAUCGCUGUCAGUCAUUAGCCCCGCCCUCUGGCGCUUUAGUCCCUCCUCUCGUUAAACUUGUUCAAACUCUGUCAAAAGGUUUACUCAGAAUGAUAUGAGAGCUUCACCGGCCUACAAUGACUGCUGGAUUCAAUCAUGGGCGAUAAUCAGUUACAGACCGGUUUCUCUGUAGCUCUGAUCUUCCUGAAUGAGAACGACUUGAAGCAAGAGCUGCCGGUUUCUAAUCAACAUCAGGAGCUCAGACUGCAGAUCCACAGAGAGGCGGACGACAUCAGUCUGACCGCUAAUGACGAUGCUGGCGUUUGUGUUUUUAAGUUCUCCAUCACGAGGGACACAGAGUGUUGUCGGGUGGCCACCCGCUCAUUCCUCGUCACACUGGGCUGUUUCAGUAUCAUCAUGCGCUUCAGCACUCAGUCAGAGUUUCAGAUCUUCCACAGAAUGCUGUGCUCAUGGCAGGAGCUCAGGAGACAUCAGUCUGUGUUUCAGCAGAGGACAGACGAUUCGUCUGCACUGCAGUACUUCCAGUUCUAUGGCUGUCUGUCCCAGCAGCAGAACAUGCUUCAGGACUAUCUCAGGACUGCAACCUACCAAAAAGCCAUUUUGCUCAAUGAUGUUGACUUCAAAGAUAAAGUGGUUCUCGAUGUGGGCUGUGGAACAGGGAUAUUGUCCUUCUUUGCCGUCCAGGCCGGGGCUAAGAAAGUGUACGCGGUGGAGGCCAGUUCUGUGGCCAAAUAUGCAGAGAUUCUAGUGAAAAGCAAUAAUUUGUCCAACAAAAUCACAGUUUUGUCAGGAAAGAUUGAGGAAGUGUGCUGCCCAGAGAAGGUGGAUGUGAUCAUCUCAGAGCCCAUGGGCUACAUGCUGCUCAACGAGAGGAUGUUAGAGAGCUAUCUGCAUGCCAAAACCUGGUUAAAACCCAAAGGCAUGAUGUUCCCUACUCAGGGUGACAUACAUCUGGCUCCUUUCACUGAUGAACAACUCUACAUGGAGCAUCACGCUCGCUCCAACUUCUGGAAUCAGAGAUGUUUCUAUGGUGUGAACUUGAGUGGGCUUCAUUCUUCUGCUGUGGAUGAGUUCUACAGACAGCCAAUAGUUGACACAUUCGAGAUGCAGAUUCUCAUGGCCAGGUCUGUGAAAUACACAAUCAACUUUCUAGAGGCAAAAGAAGAAGAUUUACACCGGUUGGAAAUUCCAUUUGUUUUCAAACUGCUGCAAUCAGGGCUGAUUCAUGGACUUGCUUUUUGGUUUGAUGUGGCCUUUGUUGGCUCAAGGAUGACAGUAUGGCUGUCCACUUCUCCAAAUGAGCCUUUGACUCACUGGUAUCAGGUGCGCUGUCUUCUGCAGACCCCUCUGUUUGCCAAAAUGGGACAGACGUUAUCUGGACGAGUUCACCUAAUAGCCAACAAGAGACAAAGCUAUGACAUUCAUAUCACUGCUGUGGUUGAUCAGUCUGGAUUUAAAUCUGGGAACUCACUGGAUUUGAAAAAUCCUUUUUUUCGGUACGCCUGAAUCAUCGUUCUCCUCAUCUUUCAGAUCAGACUGCAGGUCUAUCACUCAGCAUUGCAGAUAAAAUCUAUGAAAGUUCUGUUUGCAUGUGAUGUAGUGAUAUAUGAUAUUUGUUAAUAAAAACAAGGUGACAGAAUGAAAUUGUUUUAUUUUCUU